CCUCCACCAGUCGCAAGACCAACGCGGUAUAGCCCGUCUUAACUUCCUGUUCGAAAACAUUGCCCCUUUAAGAAGUCGGCACGACCGACGAAGGCGGGGCUACAGUGUAUCCCUUUUUGUUCCUCCUCGAACGUUCUGUCCCACUCGCACCUUCCCUGACCUUCUGCUGAUCGAACGUUUCGUUCCAUUCACACUUUUUUCUCAUUUUCGGCGUUCUGCUGAUCGGACGUUCCAUCCCCAUUCACACUCUCCCACCCGCAGAACCGAGAGUCCUCGUGUCUGUAGCAGCCGCUUGCAAGCUGCCGCUGGGUCGCUUCCGCCAAGCGGAGCGGAUGAAAUGAGGCGCUUCUGCAGCGGCAGCCGGUGGCUGGUGCCGGCGGCCUCCCUGGCUCUCGGGUUGGGCUUGGGCGCCGGCUUGUCCAAGAGAGGGAGGCAGCCGAGCCAGCUGGGAGCGGAGGCGGAGGGGCUCCUCUCACGGCUGCCGGUCGUGCCGGUGGUUGCCGCCGCCACCACAACUUCGGAUUUGGCUGCCCGAGGCGGCGUUGGCGACUCGGGGGAUCUGGCCAAGUACGGCUUGCCGGGGCUGUCCCUGCUGCGGACCCGGGAGUCCUACGUGCUGUGCUACGACCCGCGAGCUCGUAGCGCCCUCUGGGUGGUGGAGCAGCUAAACCCGGCCACGCUGAGCGGCUCCUCGGACCGCGCUGCCUGCGACUUCCGUUCCGACGACUCGAUUCACGAGUACCACCGCGCCACCAACGCGGAUUACAAGGGCAGCGGCUUUGACCGGGGACAUCUGGCGGCCGCCGCCAACCACCGCUGGAGCCAGAAGGCCAUGGGGGACACGUUCUACUUGAGCAACGUCGCCCCCCAGGUAAGGGAGAGUGUACUGGAUUGGCUUGUUUGAAGGCAGCGAGCGAGCUGUUUUCCCCGGGCGCUCAAGUCCCUCUGUUAAUGGUUGGAAAGUUGGUCUUGUCCCCCACCCUAAGCUGUGGCAAUUGCACUCUGCAUAGCCUCAGAGGCACUUCUUAAUUUGAUAUCGAGGAAAUAAAGAGAAUGCCUGUUCAUGAGACCAAAGGCAGACCUACAUUUGGGGGCCCCAUAAGCUUUAAUUGUUAUGGGGGGCCCUUUGCAAGAAGCAGUUAUGUCUGGGUAGCCAUUGUUAGUUUCUUCAGUGGGAUUGUUCCAUGACAAUCACCAGUUGUGUUUUUGAUUUUUACUACAUCUCAGAUUUUGAUUAAAAUUGCCCAACUGGAUUAUCUCAUGUCAAAGUCACAGAAGUGAAUAAAAAUUUCCUAUGCCUUACAGUUUUUGAGUUGUGUGACUCAAAUUAGGUCUACUAGACCUAAUAUUUUUAAAGCAAUGUGAACUAAAGUCACUUCUGGGUCACCUCUGGGAUUAGGUGCCCCACGGAGACUUUUAAAAGGUGAGCAUAGAGUUAAACAUAGCACCACACACAUAAAGGCUGCUAUGGAGUCAGGUCAGUGAGUUCAGUGCUGUCUACUCUGACUGGCAGCAGCUUAUUUGGGGCUUCCAGCAAGGGACACUCCCAGCCUUUCCCAGGAUUGAAUCUGGGACCUUCUGCAUGCCAGGCACAUGUUCUAACCAAUGAGCAACAGUCUCCCCCCCUUACCACCUUGUGGUUCUGCAACAUUUGGACCACACCUAGCCUUUUAACUGCUUCAUUAUCAUCCUCACUUCAGCUACUGAACACAACAUUUAUUUUGCUUCUAGAAUCCUCAUCUGAAUCAGAAUGCCUGGAAUAACCUGGAGAAAUACUGCAGGAGCCUAACUAAAUACAACAAGAAUGUUUAUGUCUGUACAGGACCACUUUUUCUACCCAGGUAAUUAAUAAAAACCAAAACAACUUACAGACUUUCCCCUCUGGUUUACUCUGCCAACAUCCCCCACCCCGCAAUCACAGUUAUUAUUUUAUGAAAUAAUAAAAUAUCAAUUUUGUUAAAUAAAAAUUAUAAUAUUGUUUCACAUUUUUGUAAAAGGGGUGCUGGAAUUACCCCACAUCAUGGCUUCUAACCUCCGCCCCCCCCCCCGAUUUCCCCAUACAGGAUGGAGGCAGAUGGGAAGAUGUACGUGAAAUACCAGGUGAUUGGGAAGAGCCACGUGGCCGUCCCCACACACUUCUUCAAGGUGCUCAUCCUGGAGAAGUCAAGUGGGGAGAUAGAGUUGCGCUCCUACGUCAUGCCAAACAGCCCUGUCAAUGACAAGAUCCCUCUGGAGAAUUUCCUGGUCCCCAUCGAGAGCAUUGAGCGGGCCUCUGGCCUCCUCUUCGUCCCCAACAUCCUUAAGAGGACUAGCAAGUUGAAAGCAAUCUCUGCUGGAAGCAACUUGAAAGCAAUCACAGCUGGAAGCACCACCUAAGGAAGUGAUUCCUGAGACCUUGCAAACAGACACUUGCCAGGCGGUAGGAUCUGCCCAAGUAGUCAGUAGCUAUCCCAGCUCCAACAAGCAACUCUCUCUUUCUCAGCACUCUCAAGGAACAGUACCUGCUUCUCUCUAAAGACAAGAGGCAGUGAUGGCCACUAACUUGGAUUGCUUUCCUCUGCUUGCUGUAAAGGGGAAACUUGGGGCAGAUGGGGCUUGUCAACCUGGGAAGGGAGCCCAUCUAGGAGAAGGAAUCUCUGCUGCCUUGUGGGAUGUCUUCAGGAGAAGAAAAUGCUAAGGAGUAAACCCUAUACAAAUCCAGAGUGCGCCUCCUUCUGGCAACUCCUGCAGCCAAGCUGGUACCAAACAAAUUGCUCUGCUUUCCUUUGGACCACACCAGCAAGGCCGAGACAGGGGUCUUGCCAUCUGGGCAGCCCAGGACAGCCCAGACAUGCCCUCCAAGGAGGUCACUUCGGUGCUGCUUAAGCAAUGAUGAGUUACUGGUCUCUGCAGCCACAGCUGGCACUGUGAGUCUCCAGUAGUAUGACUUCACCCCUGGAGGUGCCAUCCAUUGUAUUUUGAGAAAGAUGGGAGCCAAUAACAAGUAUUCGUAAAAACCACUUAGCUGAAAGCCACUUCUGCAGUUUCCCCUCCUUUCUCACUGGAAGCUCCGCCACUCCCCAAGAGGGUGUCAGCAGGGGCACAGGGCUUUAUCAGUUGUGGCUUCUCAGCUGUGGAAUGUUCCUCCCCAGUGAGGUCUGCCUGGCACCAUCAUUAACAUUAUUUUGGCGUCAGGUGAAAACUCCUCUCUCCUAGACAUUUGCAGGAUUAGGAUGGUUUUGUUGCUGGUACAUUUUUUUGCUGCUGUUUUAUAGGAUGUAUUUGUUCUGAUUUUGCUUUACGCUAUUAAAAAUUAUGCAAGUUCA